CUAACCUUUUCGAGGAGGCCAAGAAUGGACCGCAACCUCCAAGUAACCUCUUUUUGGCAGAUUGUCGUUCUCAUCUCAGUUUCCAAACUCACAGAAAGCCGGUUGGUGUCCAGCAGAGGCUCCAGUGAAGGCAGGACUCAUGGUGACGUCCCGCCUCAACCUGUCGCGGUCAACUGCCACCCGGACUCGUUGGAGAUUGUGCUGCAGGCAGACAUGUUUGAUAUGGGAAUUCAGUUGGACGGCAGACAUCUGCGCCUGGGCUCAGAUUCAGUGAGUGACGGGAGCGCAUGCGGAGUAGUCCCUUCAGGAGAGGCGGAAUUCACCAUCUGGGCCCACCACAUGGACUGUGGAACCAAACUAUCAUCGACAAAAGGGAAGAUUAUCUAUUCUAAUGUUCUGGUCUACUCACCUGAACCUUCAUCGGAUGGUUUGCUUAGACUGAAUGGAGCAACUAUUCCAGUUGAAUGUCAUUAUGACAAGAGGUAUGCUGUGGAUGGCAUUUCCCUGCAUCCCACCUGGGUUCCUUUUGUCAAAACAGCCUCAGCAGAGGAUCAGCUGGUCUUCAAUUUGCGAACCAUGACUGAUGAUUGGCAGUUUGAGAGGGGAUCUUACUUGUAUUUCCUUGGUGAACCCAUUCAUUUAGAGGUUUCUGCCAUCAUUGGUAACCACAUGCCACUGCGAGUCUAUGUUGACCACUGUGUUGCAACUGCAACUCCUGAUGCAGAGGCUACGUUAAGAUAUGACUUUAUCAAGCAUCACGGAUGUCUUUUUGAUGGUUACCUGACUAACUCCAGCUCCCAUUUCCUACCAAGAGUUGAAGAGCACAAACUGAGGUUUCAGGUUGAUGCCUUCAGGUUCUACCAGGGGCCCAGCAAUCAGGUGUACAUAGCCUGCUACGUGAAGGCUGUUCCAGUCGUGUUAACGGUCAGCUCUCAGAACAGGGCCUGCUCUGUAAUUGAAAACAGAUGGAGGUCAGCUGAUGGGAAUGACCAGGCAUGUAGAAGCUGUGAUAUCUCCCAUCGGGUAGAGGAGUCUCUGCCCACAGAACCCCCUAAAACUACCAUCAGCAACAAAUCUUGGCCCUCCAUGACUCCACAGGAGACUUUAGUCCAGAACAGGGCUAAACAACCGCCAGCCAGUUAUUUCCGUUUUCGUCCAGGAAUGCACCAGAAACACAACCAUCCUCCGCAAUCAUCUGCUCGAUUGAAGAGAGGAGCAAAGUGCAGUGCACAGCCAAACUAUCCAGCUGGGACCCAUUAUUUUCCUGCCAUCCAGCAAAAUUGACACAAAGCCAAUGGAUUCCAAAACAACACUUUCAGAAAAACACUGAAGGGUGUUGGGAUUUAAAAUAAACAGAUUUCAUUGCUGCCAUGUACAGGACAAACAUUUUGGACACAACUGACAACACCUGUGAAUGCAGAGAUUAAUCUUUUCAUUCAAAAUACCAUCUCGCUUGAAAUUUCUUACUGUAAACUUUUUCAACCCACUGCAAAGGACAUUUACUUUGUUAAAGUUCUUGUAUUUUCUGUACAAAUGGCAAACUUUUUUUUUUUUUUUUUGUCAAAUAUUUUACAUUAAAAUGGUGCUGCUUAUUUGUUGCAGCUUCCCUACAUAAAACACAUGAGCAUUAUCCCAGAUUACCUGAUAUCUGAUCUUUACAAAAUCCGGCAUUGCCAAAAACUUGAUGUCAUCAGCAAACAAUUUAAUUAGCAUUGGGUUUUAAGCACUCAAAGUCAUUAGGCCCAAGCAAAAGGAUACAUCAUGGUGUUGUGUAUUUUUAACAGAAAUACACACGCAAUACACAACACAUGAAGCAAUCUCUUUGCUGUAACUGUCGAUCCAACAUAAUUCCAGCGAUUUUGACCUGAGGAGAUAAGCAUACAUGCUAUUAGGGAGCACUUCCCUCCAUUACUAUCUGCAACCUACUCAUCAUGUAGCCACAUUAUUGAUUUAUCAUUGUGAGGGUGCAAUAUAAAUGUUUGUUUUUUGCCUACCCUAUCCAUUAAAAAUAAUUAGCAACAGCUCUA